AUGGCCAAGAUCACCCAGCUUUUGUUUGACUGCGACAACACCCUCGUGAUGUCCGAGGAGCUUGCUUUCGAGGCUUGCGCUGACAUUGCCAACGAGAUCCUGGCCAAGCGCGACAUCACCGACCGCUACACUGGCGAGCAACUGAUUCAAGACUUCGUUGGCCAGAACUUUCGCGGUAUGAUGAUCUCCCUCCAGGGCAAGUACGGCUUCGAGAUGCCCAAGGACGAGAUCGAAUUCUACGUCAAGGAAGAAGAGAACCAAGUCAUUGCCAAGUUGGAGGCCAAAGCCGUCCCCUGCACUGGCGUCAUGGAGGAACUCGAAAAACUUCAGCGCUCUGGCCAAUACGACAUGGCAGUCGUAUCAUCGUCCGCCCUUCGUCGUGUCCGCGCUUCAAUCAAGAAGGUCAACCAGGACAAAUACUUCAAGCACGACCAUGUCUUCAGCGCGGCCACCUCUCUGCCCAAGCCAACAUCCAAGCCAGACCCCGCUAUCUACCUCUACGCCCUCGAAAAGCUGAACAAGAAGGCCACAGAAUGUGUUGCUAUCGAAGACAGCCGCUCUGGUGCCCUCAGCGCUAUUCGUGCCGGCAUCCCCGUUAUUGCCUAUGUUGGAAGCUAUCCCGGUGACGCGAAGCGGGCCGAGAUGGCGGGCAAGUUGAUUGAACUCGGCGCCCAGGUUGUCAUGAAAGACUGGUCCGAAUUCGAGUCUUGCUUGAAGCAGAUUGAGGACCAGCCGGUUGAAAGAAGCGAAGCGAAUCUCUAA